CCUUCUAUGCUUCUCUAAGUUCAUCACCGCCUGCUGCCACGCUUCGUCAAGACCAACCCCAGAAAAUGUUGACGAAGAAGCUCCGGAUUUUAACAUCCUUCCCAGUAGCGCUUUUGAGAAGGGAAAUAAUGACGUUUUCUGUUUCGCCGUCCCAAUUGGAUUUUCCUGUUUCUUCUUCAAUUUCUCCACAAGUAGAUCAAUUGCCUCAACGUUAUUUUGUUCGAAACAAUCUGGACUUUUCUGGAAGAUUGCAUUUCUGUUCCGAAGCUGCUCAGAAGCUUACUUGCUGGAAUUGCAAUGUUGUUUCCUCAACUACGACACCGUUUCUUGUUUGCAAUGCUUGUGGCUGCGUCCAGCCUGUCGAUCAAUCUGUUGAUUAUUUCCACAUUUUUGGAUUGGAGAAAAAGUAUGGAAUUGAGGGGGAGAAUCUAGAGCGCAAGUACAAAGACUGGCAGAGGAAGCUACAUCCAGACUUGGUUCAUACGAAAUCCGAGAAAGAAAGGGAGUAUGCUGCUGAACAGUCUGCUCGUGUAAUUGAUGCAUAUCGCACACUAACUGAUCCAUUGUCAAGGGCAAUAUACAUUCUGAAGUUGGAAGGUGUGCAUGUGGAUGAAGAGGAAAGGAUUGAUGACCUAGAGUUGCUUGCUGAGAUUAUGGAACUUAGAGAAACUGUUGAAGAUGCUGCUAACUCUCAGGCACUAAAAGAAAUUCAGGGGGAGAUACAGGGAAGGUUCGAACAAUCAUCUAUCUCUUUUGCAAACGCGUUACAACAUAGGAAGUAUGAAGAAGCUGUAGCUGCUACACAAAGGAUGACUUAUUACAAGCGUGCAAAUGAAGAGAUUGUGAAGAAGCUCUAGUCGAGGGUAUGGAACCUUAUAAUUGCUGCACAAGUACUUAAGCUUUCGUCCUUGAUUUAUUCUUGACGAUAGACAUCCAACAAAUUGAUGGUUUUCCAGUUGCCACCUUGGUGUUGUAUGGGGUUAUUCAACUUGCUGCACUGGGGCUGAAUAUUUUGCAUGUUUGAAAAUGUCUUGGACUUCGCUUCUUGGUUUCAUUUGGCCUUAAAUUUUUACUGUAAAAUACCCAUUUGGCUGCAUACAGUUUUUUGGUACUUAUUUGUGAAACUGGAAAAAAAAAAAAAAAGGAGCAGCCCGCUGCACAAAACAUCUCGCAUUCACGCAUGGUGCGGGUCCUAAGGGGUGUGAUGUAGAUUGCGGGAGCUUAGUGCACCGGGCUGCCCUGCCAUUAGUAACUAUCGGAUUACAAAAGCUAUGAAUUGACCUUUGCAUCUCUUGUAUUUGCUUGGACUUGUAUAGAGCAUGAAGCUGUGGUUUGGGAGGGGAGAGAUGCAACUAGGCCGGAUCAGAUGAACCCCGAGCACGCGAGUAAGUCACAAAUCAAGUUGGGUUCGCUUUGGGGGAAGUGCACAGUUAGCCACUAAUUAGAGAUGUCUUUACUCUUUAGCCAUUGUUUAAAAUGUACUUACUCUUUAGCCAGUGUUUAAUAAAUUUUAUCCGCCCGGACGAAGAAACCCGUGCGCUAGACAUGGGUGCUGUGUAAAUAUUAAGGACAUGGUGUCCUUAACUUCAUGAAUGCUGUGUAAUAUUAAAGACAAAAGUGUUUUGUCA